AUGGCAGUCAGCAUUGGUUCCCAGAAUGAGUGGUCGCGCAUCCUCAGCUCGUCGACCAUCGUCGUCGCCGACUUCUACGCCGACUGGUGCGGCCCUUGCAAGAUGAUCGCUCCCACGUUCGAGUCGCUCGCCACCAAGUUCUCCAAGCCCGGCAAGAUCACAUUCUGCAAGAUCAACACGGAUAGCCAGCAGUCCAUCGCAUCCGCCCACGGCGUCAGGGCCAUGCCCACCUUCCUCAUCUUCAAGAGCGGCUCUGUCAUCGAGACCAUCCAGGGCGCAAACCCGCCAGCACUCACGGCCGCCGUCGAGAAGUCCGUCAAGCUGGCCGGCAACGUCGCUCCCCUCGCGUCCUUCAAGACCCCGGGGAGGACACUCGGCGGAAGCGGACCGACACCACCAAAGGGAGCCGGCGGCGGUCGCACAUUGGGCCGACCAUCCAGGUUCAGCUCAUUCAGCCACUUCAACUUUUUCAACGUUCUCCUGACAUUCUUCGGGCUCUACGUCGUCUCGCUGUUCUCGUUUGACCCCUACAAGGCUGCAGAGAACUCCGAUUUCAAUGUGCACAAGCCGAGAGACCAGACCUUUGGCAGAGGUCAGCCGAGUGCAAAGCCUGGAGCCCCGGGUAGUGCAGGUGCAGGUGCUGGUGCGCGGCCAUCUAAUGGUGUGAGAACGCUGGCUGACCUGGGUGGAAGUUAG